UUCAAACUGGUCUAUCUUGCUCAACUAAUGACUGCAAUGCAGCUCCUCUUUCUCUUCCUUGUCUUCUUCCCCAUCGCCACCCUCAGCACAGAAUUAGUGCUCUAUCAACAAUGCGAAAAAAAUUUUACUGAAAAAUAUAACAUGUUGCAGACCAAUAUCAACAACAUCCUUCUCGACAUGGUGGCAACGAGCUCUCUUAAUGGCUACGCAAUCUCCUCCUAUGCCUCCGACAGCUACAAACCUGCAAUCUACGGCGUCACGCGAUGCCAAGGAGACGUGAGCCGCCAAACCUGCUCCGAGUGCAUCACCAGCGCAGCACAGCAGAUUCGUUCUGCAUGCCCUAAUGCAGCACAAGCCCGCGGAUGGUACGAGCACUGUUACCUUCACUACGACACGGAGAACUUCAUAGGAAAGCUCGACAAAGCCGUAGCCUAUUUGUCGUAUUCAUUUGAACGCUCUGCAAAUCUCACUGAUGUUCAACGAGCAGCGGGUGAGCUGCUGGAGGAGGUUUCGGAGGCAACGGCGAGUGGGAGUGAGAAGUUCGGCUAUGGGGAGAGUUAUGUGGAUGAAAGCUUAACAGUGUAUGGAAUGGCGCAGUGCACGCGGGAUCUUGGAGAGCGUGCAUGCUCUGAUUGCUUGGAUUAUGCAUUCAGAUAUGUCUCAUUUUACUGCGGGACUCAGACUGGUUGUCGUGUUAUUGGAGGAGGAUGCGAGGUGAGGUUUGAGAUCUACAAGUUUUUGUUCCUUGGUGAUUCCACGAUUGGUGCUCCUGCGCCAGCUCCCUCCAUUGUAGCCCACAAUUAA